AUGGCCUCUCCUCGCAAUGUUAUCAUUUUCGGCGCGAGUGGAGGCAUUGGCUCGGCUGCCGCACUUAAGGCAAAUCAAGAGGGCGCAAAUGUUACUCUCGCCAUGCGUGAUCCUUCAAAGCCCAUUCCGAGCCUGAACGGCCUCUUGGCCACGAAAGCCCGAGCGGACCUUGCCAAGCCUGAAACCGUUCUGGCCGCAGUUCGCCAGAGUGGCGCCACAACCGCCUUUUUAUAUACAAUCCAUGAAAUUCCAGACGGUAUGAGGCGCACCAUUGUGGCGCUUAAAGAAGGUGGAAUCGAGUCCGUCGUUCUGUUGAGUAGCUUCACCGUCCAGGGUGAUCUACGUACUAUACCGCCUACUGACAUAGUACCCUAUCUCCAUGCCAGGGUGGAGAUAGCUCUUGAGGAUGUCUUUGGUGGCCAUUGGAGCGUCGUGCGACCAGCUUAUUUUGCGAGCAAUGCGCUACAGUAUAAGGACGAGAUUGCACAAGGCAAUGUGAGGCUACCUAACCCUGACGUCGAAUUCGACUGGAUCUCACCUGAAGACAUUGGACGAGUUGUUGGGGUAAUUCUAGCGCAUGGUACACAGGAGCGCAUAAUUCCUUUGGUUGGGCCAGAUCGGUUGUCAUUGAAGGAUGCAUUGUGUGUUAUUGGCCGUGUCCUAGGCAAGGAAAUUAAGAUUACUAUUGUUGGAAAGGAACAGGCAGUGGAGGAUAUGCUGCAGAAGGGGCUUCCAGAGCCGGCUGCCAAGUGGUUUGUUGAGGCUGUUACCGGACCGAGAAGCUUUAUUUGGGACGUGCCGGAAUGCCAGGUUGGAUUGGGCAACGUGCAGAAGUAUACCGGCAAGACUCCAGUGAGGUUUGAGCAGUGGCUUGAGGAGAAUAAGGAGAAGUUUGCUACCUAG